GCACCUGCCGCCGCAUUUGCCAGUCGCUGGCCACAUAAUCUAAGGGUUUCGUCAUCCCCGAUGGGAACGUGGAGAUAUGGUGUUAUAUUGGACGCAGGGUCCUCGGGGACCCGCGUGCACAUUUACAGAUGGCUGAAUAGCGAUACAGCGCGCAAGUCCGCGAGCAAAGCCCAGCUGCAGAGCCUCCCCGAGAUCGAGACAGACAAGCAAUGGACCAAGAAGAUACACCCAGGCAUAUCAACCUUCGGCGAGCACCCCCACGAUGUCGGCCCUGAGCACCUCGAGAAACUCUUUGCCCACGCACUCAGCGUGGUUCCUGCCGCCGAAGUACCCAAAACACCCAUUUUCCUCCUAGCCACCGCUGGCAUGCGCAUCUUACCUCCUGUGCAGCGCAAGACUGUAUUAAAGGAGGUUUGCGACUUUGCGCGCAAGACAACCAAAUUCCAGCUGCCGGAUUGCGACCUGCACAUUCAAGUGAUCCCUGGAGAGACGGAGGGCUUAUACGGCUGGAUAGCAGCAAACUACCUGUUGGGUGGAUUUGAUAGUCCCAAGGAUCAUGACCAUGGCAAGGAUCAUCACACCUACGGAUUUCUGGAUAUGGGAGGCGCAUCAGCGCAAAUUGCUUUUGCGCCGAAUGCGACCGAAGCUGAGAAGCACGCAGACGAUCUGACCCUAUUGCGGUUACGGAGGGUCGGUGGCGAUCCCUUGGAGUAUAAGGUCUUUGUGACUACAUGGCUAGGAUUUGGCGUCAAUCAGGCGCGAGAAAGAUAUGUGAAAGCCAUGUUGGAAGCCAGUCCUGGAGCGAAAGAGUACCCCGACCCGUGCAUGCCGUCCGGUGCGGAAAUUUUGGUCGCAGACAAUGGCAAAGUAGUGGAAGAAAAGAAAGGUGCAAAAGGUCACAAGGUUGUAGGCACAGGGAUAUUUAAGGAAUGCGUACGGCAGACGUAUCCUUUGCUGGAGAAAGAGAAAGAGUGUCUUGAUGCACCAUGCUUGAUCAACGGGCAACAUACCCCUGCUAUCGAUUUCGACGUCAACCACUUUGUAGGCGUAUCGGAGUACUACCAUACCACACACGAGAUAUUCAAAAUGGCACACAAAGACGACGAAAACUACGAUUUCAAGAGUUACCAAAAGGCAGUGGACAAAUUCUGCGGCAAGAGCUGGAAACAAAUUACCCAAGGCGUGGACAAGCACAAGUUUGGUAAGAAAGUCGACGUAGAGAAAGCACUCGAAGUUUGCUUCAAAUCAUCCUGGCUGAUCAAUGUUUUACACGAUGGUAUCGGUGUACCCCGGAUUGGACUGGAAGACCUCAACAGCGCUAAUAACGUCACCAAAGCCAAAACACACAAGGGCAAAGACAAGGGCUACCUCAACCCAUUUCAGGCAGUAAACAAGAUCAACGAUAUUGAAGUAAGCUGGACGCUAGGCAAAAUGGUCCUUUACGCCUCCAGCGAGGUCCCUCCACCUUCGACAGACGCCCUAGCCGUUGGAUUUGGCAGCAACGAACCCGGCAUUCCAUCCGACUUUCAACACCCCGGUGGCUCCUACACUUCUCACGGCGCCACAGGUGAUGACUGGCAUGACCACCUCUUCUCCGAAAACCCGCGCCGCAUUCCAGGCUUCCUCAUAUUCGUUCUCAUCCUCUUCAUCUUUGGCUUCAUCCUAUGCGGCCGCGAUCGUCGCAAAGCCACACUCCACAAAUUCUCCCGCAUGUUCGGCGCCGGCGGCAGCAGCGGAGGUAGUCGUUCUCGUCGCCGCGGUCCUGGCUUCCCAGGUAAACUGUUCGGCCUGCGCUCUUCCAACACACCUCUCUACGAACGCGUCCUCGAAGACGGGCCUUCGUCCGCACACUCCGACUUCGAACUUGGCUCUUACUCGGAUGUGUCUGCCACCGCAUCGGAUAACGAUCACUCGGAUUCCGGCGACGGCGGAAAGACAGCUACACGCUUCGGCCGCUCGUCUGGAUGGGCGACACCUUCAAUUAAAGGCGGCAGUGCCGGCGGCGGUGGUGGCGGUGUCCUGUCCGAGGACGAUAUCAUGGCACAAGGAGUCGGCUUGGGCUUGGGAAUGGGGCGUGGCGGUGGGUUUUUGGGUCGGUCGGAUAGUGGGGAAGGGUUGGCUGUGAGAAGUCGUGCUAGUAGUCCCAGGAGAAAGGGGGUUGGUGGCAGAUUACAUGAUUGA